GUCAAUUAUACAACACCCCAGCUCUAUGCAGCUCACUCCUCUCCUCUCCUCUCCUCAUCUCGUCUGUGAGCUGGGAGCCUACUACUACAGCUGGUGGCUCCACAUGCGGCGCUCACCGGGCACACCGGCUCCAGUCUGUAGGCAUGUCGGCAGCCGGUGACUCUGACGGGACGGUGGACAAGCCAGCAGAUCCCGCUGCAGAGGAGGAAGGCCCAAGCCAAGCUGGCCCCUCGCUGUCAGCUGUCGAGCUGCCAAGGAAACGAAAGGGAGAUGUGGAGGAGAGGUCACACACCCAUGUACAGCAGAGCGAUGACUUCCAAAUGGACAGUGACCUCAGCAGAUCUGGAGGGGAGGAUCAGCAAGUCAAAAUGAAAUGCUUCAGGGAGCCUCACCGACAGAUUGAGAAGCGGAGGAGGGAUAAAAUGAACACCCUCAUUGACGAGCUGUCCGCCAUGAUCCCUGCCUGUCAGCCCAUGGCUCGGAAACUUGACAAACUCACUGUACUGCGGAAGGCAGUGCAACACCUGAAAGCCCUCAAAGCUGGGACAAGCAGCGCCUUUACAGACACCGCAUACAAGCCUUCCAUCCUGCCUCAUGAUGACAUCAGGCAGCUUCUGCUCAGGGCUGCGGACGGUUUCCUGUUAGUUGUAAGUUGUGACAGGGCUAAAAUCCUGUUCAUCUCUGAGUCCGUCUCCAAGAUCCUCAACUUUAACCGGGUGGAGCUGACCGGGCAGAGCUUGUUUGAUUUCAUCCACCCCAAAGACAUCAACAAGUUGAAGGAACAGCUGUCAUCUUCGGAGAACACACGCCAACGCCUCAUUGAUGCUGCAACUGGUGUUCAAGUCCAGGUGGAUUCCCCCGUCAGGCCUCCCCACUUUUCCACUGGAGCUCGGAGAUCCUUCUUCUGUCGGAUGAAGCACAGUCGGGUAUCAGGGAAGCAAGGGGACAAACACUCACUGCCCAGUACUUCCAAAAAGAAAGACACUUACAGAUACUGUACCCUCCACUGCACUGGAUACAUGCGGAGCUGGCCCAGCAGCCAGCUGGAAUCAGAGGGUGACACUGAGAAGGAAACUUCAAGCCUGACCUGCCUGGUGACGGUGUGCCGCCUCCUCACUCAGGUGUCCCAUCAGCCGUCCAAAGAAAUCAGCGUUAAGCCCUCUGAGUUUAUUACCCGCUGUGCCAUUGAUGGCAAGUUCACUUUUGUAGAACAACAAGCCACAACAGUUAUCGGUUACUUGCCGCAGGAAGUUCUCGGCACAUCGUGUUAUGAGUACUUCCACCAGGACGACCUGCAGCACCUUGCAGAGAAACACAGGCAAGUUCUUCGAAGCAAAGAGAAGAUUGAGACACAGUGCUACAGGUUCAAAACAAAACAUGGCUGCUAUGUUUCACUCCAAAGUCAGUGGUUUAGUUUCACAAAUCCAUGGACCAAAGAAGUUGAGUUUAUCGUGUCUUUAAACAGGGUUCUCUCCAGGGGGCCUAGUUCUACAAAAGAUGAGGAGGCAGGCAGCUCAAAAGCACUUCAGGAAGACACAAAGCAACUACCCAUAAUUCCUGGCCUUUCCAGUGGUGUGGGCACAAUGAUCUACGCAGGCAGCAUAGGGACCCAAAUCGCAAAUGAGCUCAUCGACUCUUACAGCAGGAUGAACUCCUCUCCAUCAAGCGGAGCUUCCAGUCCGUUUGGCCCAGCCCAGGAGAAAUUUCCACUGGUUUCCCCACAAACCAGCACGAGUGCGUCCAGCAGAGAGGAGGCAGCAGGCAGUUCAUCACAGUCCCAGUCUGACUCGAGGACAGCAGCCGGCCCCAGCAGUGCAACUUCUGAAAGUUCAGGCGAGCCAUCUCAGCUGGAAUUGGACAGCAUGGUGGUGCCAGGCCUCAGCAGCUUCAGCAGCGACGAGGCAGCCAUGGCGGUCAUCAUGAGCAUGCUGGAGACGGAUGCAAACAUGGGUCAAUCAGGGGACUUUGACGACUUACACUGGCCUUUCUAGAGAGCGCAUAGACUCCAAGCUCUCACGUGCUUUUUGUGCCAUUUUCUUGCCGAGAUCUCGGCCGUUCAGUCCUUCAUUCUGUGGCUGACCGAGCUGGCCUUGCACAAUUGAACCCACUGGACUCGUUCCAAAGGCUGCAACAUGUCAUACUUGAGGAAGCCUCAAGAAGGAGUUUGUAGAAAUAAUUGUUACUGUGAUUACCUUCUUGGUCCCCCCUGGCUCUUGCCUGAAGGAAUGUGAGAGCCUGUGGUAAUUCAGUGUCUUCUUCGGUGACACUUCAGCAACCUCAAAGGGGCGUAAACCCAGACAGCAGAGUGACUUUUCUGUUCGCUCUUCUUGCCCCCAUGAGUGACUGAGGUCUGGAGGAGAAUCAGACUCCUGCCAUGUGCAGUGCUGCUAGAGAAACUCCAUUGACAUUUGCAAAACCUUCGGUACCCAGUGAUGACUUACAUGUUUUUCAUAACAUGCUCUGAUUGUUCCAUUUUUUACUGUUUUUUAAAGCACCCCUUCAGAUACAUUUUAAGUCAUGUAAAAAAUAAUGUUCAUCCGAUACUGUGUCCGAUAAAUUCAGAAAAAAGCUAAAAAGAACGUUUACCACUUCUCCCCUUUAUUAAGAAUUGCAGACUCAUUGAAUAUGCAAAUAUGGAGAUGCCUCAGGCAUCACACCACACUCUUACAGAGGAUUGUGGCUCCCACAGCCACAGAAAGCUAGUCUCUUAAAAGAAGUCCAGAUGAUUCUAAUUGUGUCAGUCGUGUUCAGAAAUGAUUCAAAUAGUAAGUCUGAUUAUGUCAACACACAGCAGCUGUCAACUUUUACCGAAGUGGCCAUGCAACUCUCAUACACUACAACAGGGGUAGAAUCAUCACAUGAUCAGAGCACAUAAGCUCAGCUGAGUCUAACAAGAUAUGCUGGGUGUUUGCACAUUAUCAAAGCUGUAGUUGGAAACUUUUUUGAAGCAAUUUUUCUGUCAUAUUUGCUGAAAGUGUCACCAUAUCCACACAAAAGUACACGAGACAGAUAAUCUGUGAAAAAUGUUUUCAGAAGCAUUUUAGUGUACUGUUUAGCUGUAAAAUGAGAAAAUUUGCUCCGGCAUGUGGGUGGUGCCUGGGGCUUUAUUUGAUUGUUUAAAACAUGGUCACAAACUGUCUCAUUUUACAGCUAAACACUAACAUAUUCCUGAAACACAUUCCUGAAAACAUUUUAGGCAAGAAAUGGGCAAUGCAGUAGCAGAAUCUUGAUUCAUAUUUGAUCAAUGCCGCCCAAUUGACAGUUUGACCACUGAUAAUGGACAACAGAGUCCUCGGCUCUGACUGGUCUUUCCAUGAGCUGCAGUAGGCUCUAGCAAAUGCCAUUAGAGGCAAUAAGAGGAGGAGGACGGGCAUAAUUGUUUUCACAUACUACUUUUCUGUGUCUCAGAUCAAAUGCCUUUGCACUUGCUAUUUUUAGAUCAUAACUGCACUCACACUGAGAAGUAUGGCAAAAUGCAGUACACUGUGAGUACCCAUAUGGUGCAUUGAAAUCAGUCAAAAAGUUUAGUGUGGUACAUUGGACACUUUUCACCCUCAGUGGUCAUCAUGUUGCUCACCACAAACACAUUUCAAACUUAUGAAAUGUUGACCAACUACCGCGGUGAACACUGAAGCAUUGCACAAACAUACAUGUGUAUUUUUCACUAACACUUUACUGUUUUUUGAAUAUAAGCCAUCAGUUUGUUUAUUGUGUUAAUCCUGUAAUAAUUUGGUAGCCUACGACACAGCUAGCUAACAGAGGCACAUUUUGUCAUCAGGCACUGACAUUACUUGUGUUGUGGAGUAAGCUAUAAGAUCUAUGGGCGUAAUUUACGUUUGGUGUUUAUGCAUGUUAAGUUGUCGUUUUCACUGUUGAAGAUUUCAGUAUUACAUUUGUGGUCAGAAGCAUGACAAGUUGUAAAUAUUUUGCAAAAUAUGGCAGCUAUCAUUAACUUGGUAGAUCAGCUGGUGAUAGAGCCAGCCAGUAUCAGCCAUGGAUGUUCAUAGAUAUAGAAAUGUGCCAUGAAAGCACAUUUAUUUUUGAAAUAAUAAAUAAAUACAAAAAAGUCAGGUGAGCAAUGGCAGCUCAACGUGUAUUUUGGCAAAUGACAACUGUUUGACAAAUUUUGGUGAAAAUGCUCAAAAGGUUGCCAUAUCUUGCGAUCGUCAUUUCUAUUAAGUGUGCAAUGGCCAUGUUUGAUUUGAGACACUACUACCUUGGCAAAUUUUGCGUGCAUAGUGUACACAGUGUACUGCAUGUGAGUGUAGCCUACCUUGGACGUAUCCGAUUUCUCACACAGCGUCUGUCUCAGUAAGUACUGUGUGGAUGUAGUCAUGGUUUCAGCACAUACAACAGAGUUUUGUUCAAGUUACCAACUGUAGCAUUAAAGAAUUAUUGGACUUUGAACCAUCAGAAAAUACUGUGACAAAAAGUUUUUGCACCUAAAUUACAUGAGGCCGCCAACAUGUAAUGUCGGAUUUUACCAACUAGCUAAUAACAGCUAUUCGCAAUGACUGCUAACACUAUCAAAAACUACCAGAGUUGUGUUUCAUGGCCAAAGCUUUACUUUGGGACUGUUUUUGAUUAAAUGAAUACUUGAAUAUUGACUCAUGUUUACAGUUUUAGUCCCAGGAUAAAUAGUUGGCGUGGCAACAGGCUCUACAUUCACCUUUCUUAAAUCAAAACUCACAAAUACAACCCAGUGCUGUCUAUGAGGUAAAGAGAAGGAAGCUGAAACUAAAUGAUACAUCUUUAGUUUCAAAAGGUUAACUGCUUGUUGCAACCUUUGCCGAAAGGUAAUUUUUUUGGAUGUAUUGAAGGUUUCCCGUUCCCAUGUUGCACUUACAUAAUUUGCAUAAUAAUUAGAUACCAGUUAUGCUGUCACAAAUCAAUUUAUUAUGUACAAAGACAAUUCCUGCUUUAGCUAAGGAAAGUAGGUGAAAACCACUCUUGUUAAGUCCAAAAUAUCUAUUUCCAUAGAGGAAAACACAUUUUUGAAAUGAGGGGUCUGGGAGUAUUUCUCCAUAAGGUUUUCAUAUUGAAUGUGAACUAAAGGACUGAGCCCUGGUAUGUAUAGGCUGUCUUUUUACAUAUCUCAUAUUAACUGUGCUCCAGACAGCUCUGUAAAGGUAAUCCAGUGAACUCCAGUGAAACAUGGAAGGUCUUACGUGGUUGGGGGAAUGCUUUCCAGUGUUAACAAGGGACAAGCCAACACAUUAUUAGACCAGAGUUUAUUACUGUUGUGUCAUGUCUAAUAUGCCCAUCCUGCUUUGCCCUUCCUGUUGCCCCAAAAUAGUAUAUGAACAGCCCAACACUGCACAAAAAUUAGCCAUAGAAUUUGUGAUGCCACGGAGACAGUAUUGUUGCAGAUGAUCUAUUUCUGAAUGUCCCAUUACCAAAAUGGCCCCUGGUAAAAGAAAACCCCACAUUCUGGAUCAAUUUAGUUGUUUGGUGGCUUUUUUGGGUGUCAUUUUGAAAUCAAAGAGCUAAAAAACUGGUUGAGGUCUCAGUAAGGGGUGUGGCCACAAUCAUGAAUGAUCACAUUAUUUAUUUUCUUAUGGCCUAACUUCAAAUGAGGGAUGUAAGUUCACUGAAACAGUAAAUGAGAUUUGAUGAAAGAAUAACCCCUGAAAUGUACUGUAGACUGAUAUUAACAGAGUAUGUGGGGGUGGAUUUUACUUUAAACACAGUAACUGGCCUUCGUGCUGCACCUGUUAUAUCACUGAUUCCUCUAAUCUUGAAAGCAUAAUGUGAUUGUGACGCCUUGAACACAUGUUGUUUCUGACAGGAUUCAAUUGUAAAUUGACCGUUAUGUGCUGUCUUUGGCUUUAUAAGCAAAACUGUUGGACAAUAUUUGCAGUUGCCAUCAGUGCCAUUUGAAAUGGACACUAAAGCCUGUUUAACAUGCCCUGCUAUCAUAAGACAAAAUGUCUGAUAUUUCUAUGUGCAAAUUGUUGUUGAUGUAUUUGCUGUAAGAGGAUGGAGGUUGAAGUCUUUCAAAGUAAAGCAUUUUUUCAUA